AUGCGGUGGGUGUGCGGGGAGCCCCUGCAGGUCUGUCGGAUCCCGGCACAGAAGCUGUGUGGUCUGGCACUGGCUCCAAACGUCUGCCAGAAGUGCUGGAUCAAGUGCUUUAUUGCAGGUUCUCCCAAGAAAACAGCAGCUCCUAAUGCUACAGUAAAUAAACUUCAGUACAAUUGCAUUAGACCUGAUGAAGACAUGACUAUCAAAGCUGCUGCCUCUGGAAGACCUGAUGAAGACAUGACUAUCAAAGCUGCUGCCUCUGGAAGUGAGGGAAGUGCUGUAAAAAUGGAAAACAGUUCCCUGCUCAAUCCAGUGGGAUUCUCGCAUUAUGGAAUCGUCUCUGCGACCACUGUGGACUCUUUUUUCAGCCAAGUUAGACGAAGACUUAACUUGAAGAUCAGUCAGGGUCCGGCUCUGCCCUGCUGGGGGUGCCCGGCGCUCUCGGCUCGAGUUACGGGUCUGGAUCGUUCGGUUUUCCCCUCAGAGUUCCCGCCCCGCAGUUCUCAGCCUAGAACCCCGGAUUACGGGCUGACAGCGCCGCGGUGUCUGGGCCCGGCUCUGACCCCCGGGGCCGGCACAGUUUGCUUGUCAGCCGGGCCCGUGCCCGCGACGCUGGGAGGGGACGAGUUCAUCAGCCCCCCGCCCAGGAAGACGGUGCGGUUCGGGGGGACCCUGACCGACAUCCUGCUCAAGUACCAACAGGGUGAGACCGCAGAUUUUGAGUUGCUAAAGCAUCAGCUGUCAGAUCCAGACAUCAAGGAUGCCCAGAUCAUUAAUUGGCUGCAUGAAUUUCGAGCUGCCGUUGCAUAUUUGACUAAAGAGCUAGAACAACUGGUCAGCAUUCUGCUGAAGCUGCCAUGGUUGAGAAGAAGCCGAGAGGUAGUGGAAGAAUAUCUGGGUUUUCUUGGCAAUCUGGUGUCAGCACAAACUGUCCAUCUCAGGCCAUGUCUCCGGAUGAUUGUAUCACAGUUUGUCCCCCCUCGAAUAACCAUCAGAGAAGAUGAUGUGGAUAUUUCAGAUUCUGAUGAUGAUGAUGACAACCUUUCUGAAAACUUUACUACCUGCCACAGAGCAUUACAAACUGUUGCAAGAUACGUUCCUUCGACACCACAAUUUCUCAUGCCAAUACUUGUGGAAAACUUCCCUUUCAUUAAUAAAUCAGAAAGGACUCUGGAAUGUUAUGUUCAUAACCUGCUACGAGUUACAGUGUACCUCCCCACUCUGAGGCUUCAGAUUCUGGAGCUUAUUAUUGAAAGGUUGUUGAAGCUGGAUGUUAGUACUCCACAGCAAGAUAUUGAAGAUGCUGAAGAAGCUGCUAAUAACUCUGAUAGUGAGGAAAAAUCUACAGAGGAGGGACUUUUUGACAUGGAGGAAGAUGAGGAAAAAAAAGGAAACAAAGUUGUCUCUCCUAGUAGUGAGAGAAUGGCCCAUCCACUUGCAGAGCGCCUUGAUAUUUUGAUGACCAUCCUAUUUUCCUACAUUAAAGAUGUUUGCCAUGUAGAUGGCAAGCUUGAUAUCAGCAACACAAAGGAUUUGUAUCGAGACCUGGUUUCUGUUUUUGACAAGCUCAUUUUACCAACCCAUGCUUCAUGUCAUGUACAGUAUUUCAUGUUUUACAUCUGUAGCUUUAAAUUGGGCUUGGCUGAGGCAUUUUUAGACCAUCUUUGGAAAAAGCUGCAUGAUCCAAACAAGCCUUCAGUGAUCAGGCAGACUGCGGGGAGUUACAUUGGCAGCUUUUUGGCAAGAGCUAAAUUCAUUCCAGUUGUUACAGUUAAAGCAUGCCUGGAUCUUCUGGUGAACUGGUUGCAUAAAUAUAUUGAUAGCCAGGACACAGGGGCUAAUGCCUACUGUGAUGUAGCUCUGCACGGGCCAUUUUACUCAACGUGCCAGGCUGUUUUCUAUACGCUUGUUUUCCGUCAUAAGCAACUUCUGGAUGGAAAUUUAAGGAAAGGUCUGUCAUAUCUGCAGAGCUUAAAUUUUGAGCGCAUUGUCAUGUGUCAGCUGAAUCCCCUGAAGAUUUGCAUACCCUCUGUUGUGAACUUGUUUGCUGCCAUUACCAGGAAAUACCAGUUGGUGUUCUGCUACACAAUUAUUGAGAGGAACAACAGGCAGUUCAUACCAGUUGUUCGGAGUGGCACGGGGGGUGACCUUGUGCAGACAUGCACUAACCCACUUGACAGUUUCUUCCCCUUUGAUCCCUACAUACUUAAAAGAUCGAAGAAGACAAUUGAUCCUCUUUAUCAGUUUUGGGAAGAGCUGAGUGCUGAAGAUCUUGAGAAUCUGAAGAAGCCCAUUAAAAAGUGUACUUCUGAGGAUGAAGAUGAUGACUUCUUGAAAGGAGAAACCCCUCAGAAUGAUGGUGCAGUUGGAAUUGCUCCAAAUUCUUAUGAGUCCAAUACCCGGAGCCCUGUGAGCAGCGUUGGCUCUCCCCUGGACUGUUACGUGCCCUACCCCCAGUGACAUGGAGAACCAGAAAUGAAAAGGAUGAAAAUUGUGUGCAGUUUUUUGCUCUGUAAAGAGACCUUAUCUCAUCUUUCCAAACUGGCAAAUGUUUAAGUAACUACAUUUAAGAAAAAUGAAUCGUCAGAUUUCUACAGAUAUGUUAUGAUCAAGUUGUAUGUUGCUAGAAAAGCCUAGAGAAUAAAUAGGGUGAUAUUUUGCAGAUUUCACAUUGAAAUGGUUUUUAUGACUUACAAGGAUUUUUUAUAGUUUUUGCUGACUCUUAAAAACUGUUGUUUACUGAU